AAUUAGUUCAACUUUCAUUUUUGUGGGAGAGUGUAUUGUGCGAAAAAAAUAUAUUUUUCUAAUUGAUACAAAGAAAAUUAUACUAAAUCUAGUCCAGUUUGGAUCUUUACGUGUUUAUCUGCCUAAUUUUGAUGUGAAGAAACAGCUCAUAGGGGAAAAUUUAUGAUAAGGAAAAGGGGAAUCUGAGGAACACAACAGAUUGAAUCAUACCGGCGACAAAUAAUAAGCAAUGGCCGGUGCGAGACGUGCCCGAAACCAGGCUUCUAUGGCCAUUCCUCGUCAGAAUUCGGUGUCUGACCCAGGGAGGCCUCGUCAAAAUCUGAGUCCGGAGGCAUUGGCAGCGAUGAGCAAAGAACAGCUACGAGCAGAGUGCAGGAAAAGAGGCCAGCGGGCAACAGGCAACAAAAACGAGCUGCUCGCCCGCCUUGGGUACUACAAGCUGGCGGCCGCAGUACAGGUGGACGAGCAGCGCACGCGCAACGGGCUACACCACCCCCAUCCCAAGGAGAUCAGAAGCAAGCCCGCCCCAAUGGACAGCGACAGCCUGGUGCUAUGGCGGCGGCCGUUCACCACCCUCGAGUACUUCUUCCGAGAGCUUCUCAUUCUCUGCUCUACAGGGGUGCAGAGAUUAUUAGCGUACAGACUGCUAGCUCUAACGGUGGUGACUGCCGUCGCGGGGACAGUGGUGUCUUACUACGUGAGCGGACCACACCAGCUCUAUGUACACACGGGCGUGCGCGUGCUAGCGUGGUGGGGCUGGUGGGUGGUGCUGGGCGUGUGCAGCAGCGUGGGUCUGGGCACGGGGCUGCACACGUUCCUGCUGUACCUGGGGCCGCACAUCGCGCGCGUCACACUCGCCGCCUACGAGUGCGGCGGACUCAACUUCCCCGAGCCGCCAUAUCCUAACGACAUAAUCUGCCCGUCGGAGAUCGAUCCUCAGAACGAGGUGUCGAUAUGGAACAUCAUGGCGAAGGUUCGCGUCGAGUCGAUGAUGUGGGGCAUAGGCACGGCUUUGGGUGAACUACCUCCAUACUUCAUGGCCCGAGCGGCGAGACUGUCGGGCUCUGGAGUUGCUGAGUUAGCCAACAAUGAUGACUCGAGGACUGGCAGAGCAAAAGUAAUGGUACAGAAGCUAGUCCAAAAAGUGGGUUUCGCGGGCAUUCUGGCGUGCGCGUCGGUGCCCAACCCGCUGUUUGACCUCGCCGGGCUGACGUGCGGACACUUCCUCGUGCCCUUCUGGACGUUCUUCGGAGCCACCGUGCUCGGGAAAGCUGUCAUCAAGAUGCACAUACAGAAAAUGUUCGUCAUUAUCGCCUUCAAUGAGACGCUUGUUGGACAAGUCCUGUCCUGGGUCGAGAGGAUACCUUACAUCGGUCCAAAACUAGAGGCCCCACUCCUGGAGUUCCUCCGCAACCAGAAGGCGCGGUUACACAAAAACGACGGGUCGUCACAAGUGGAGAAGCAAGGCUCUGUGCUAUCGAGUUUGUUGGAGAAGUUCGUGCUAGCAAUGGUGAUGUACUUCGUGGUGUCGAUAGUGAACGCGCUCGCGCAGAACUACAGCAAGCGGCUCGGCAAGAGGAAGGGCAAGAAGAGAGAAUAGGGCCGCCGCUCGCCGCCCGGACAGACCACUGCUCUCGUGCGGCGACGAGGUCUUGCGGAGAAGGCGCGCCGGCGGCGGUAGUACACGCCCGCGGCUGCGGGGAAGAGCUGCUAGCGAACCGCCUGCCCACCCCCAUACUGACACACACCCACACCACGCACCGCCCUCACACGCCACUACAGAUAUCUGUUCAGCAUACUCAUAACAUUGCUGCCUGUUCUUGUAGCCACAGACCUAAUUUUAACUUAUCUUGGCAGAUCUAAGGGUGCGCGGUGGUAUUAAUAAACUAAUCUCAGCUGAUCGCCAUCGACUCGCAAAGAAGAAGAAGCUGAGACUGCCCUCAAGAUCAUGCUCAAGUCCCUGUUUUUAUAUAACAACUGUCACAUUGACAUGAUCUUGAGGGCAGUAUCGAAGCUGAGAUUAGUUUAUUAAUACCACCCUUAAACUAUCAUUACACUAAUUAUAUUCCCAAUUGGGUACAUCUUCCUACUUUAGUACCCUUUCCUCACUGAGCUGACAGACCAACGUGAUCAUAGGCUACUUGACAACCUAGUCAAAUGAGACAAAUACUUUUUACGAAACGUCAAAACGAAAGUUUUCUUUAGAGUUUGUAUGGAAAUACUGUUCUGUGACGUCAUCAAUUAAAGCGCUAGCUAGCGAUUGGACGACUUCAUAGUCUAUAAUCGAUAAAAUAAAUAUGACGCGCACCUCAUACGGCGUGUCGCUAUGUUAUAUGUUGUUUUAAAAUAUGACGUAAUAUCCGUUCUAAUGGGUGGCCACUGCAAUUUUAUCUAAUUCUCUAAGGAGAUCGGUUGUCUGCACCUUGAUUCAAACGUAACAUAAACAUAGUUACACUUAGAACCGUCAUUUUUUACAUAACGAACGUCUCAUCCGUCUUAAAAUACAGCAGCUUCUCACAAGCUGUAUAGCCGGGGAAAAGAAGCUGCAAAAAAUCCUCGGCACAGAGGCCGAGACGUUCUUAAAGAAUGUUAGUAAUUUGGUUGCCUACAAUUAGUUCCCAGACAGUUAAUCCCAUGCAUUCAUAUCUCCUAAAUAAUCAAUAACCUUACUUUCUAUCUGAAUGUGGAGUAUCUUAUCUCGUGGCAGAAUAGUAUACCAGCUAUUGCCUGACCGGUAAUAUCUUGCCUUUAUGAUAAUAAUAAGUAAAAUAAGCAAUUGUAAAAAAAUCGUUUUUUAUCGCAGCGAGAAGCGUGUCGUAAUAUUAUGGGUAUGUGCAGUGUGUUCGUGAAUAAGUAAUACAAAAUAGUUAGGUGCUUAUUGUGAAUCCAAUCCUCAAAUAUAUCUCUUAAGUCCAUCUCAAUAGAAACGCUCUAAAAUGUAAACAAAAUCUACUCACAAAAACUUGGAGAUGACGAGUAAAAUUCGAUUUGUGCAUAAAGGUUUUGUUUACAUUUAUAUUGAAAUGGACUUUACGUCCUAUGAUCCUAGGAUGUAGGACGAUGCCAGACCGUGAUAACAAGGGUAUUUUAAAAAAGAAUAUUAAAAACUCAGAAAUAGCCAAAUUCACAAAUUCGUUAAAGAUAUAAAAAUGUGUGUGCGAUCUAGAUAGAAUAGUUUACACCAAGUUUUGUGAUGCUGAAUCGUGUUAAUUUUAUUGUAAAAAUAAAGUUUUGAACAUUUAGAAGGAAAUAAUUGCUCAAAUCUUGUUAAAUAUCAGUAGGAGAAAACAACGAUGAUUUCACAAAUGUAAAGUCGGCCGAAGAAAAUGAUAGAAUGUAUGUAUAAAAGGCUGUUCGACAACUUAGUCAAAUGAGAUACUUUUUACGAAACGUCAAAACGAAUUUUUUUAUGGCGUUUGUAUGGAAAUACGUAAUUAGUAAAAACAGUCAAAAGUCGUACUUAUUGUUACUUAAUUCAUAAUUAAAUUUCGAUAAUCAGUCAAAAAGAGAAAUAAGUUUGAUUUUUGAUCAUGUUAGACUGGAUUCUAUUUCUAGAUUAGCGUUUUGACCCAGACGAGUACCCUAUUUGACUCUAAGCACGCAUAAACUGCUACAUUAUAUUCUUUGGUUGACUUGACAUUUGAAGUGACUAAAGAGAUAUAAUAGAAAAAAAAUCGGCAUCAUAAAACUUGGUCAUAGUUAGUUGUAAAUUAUUAAAAAGGGUGUAAUAGUAAGUUAUUUGUAAGUAGCACAAUCGUCAUAGUUGAAUAUAUAAGAAAUAGUCCUAAACGUACGAGAUCCGAUCAUACUCGGAUUAAUUUGGCCAAAUAAUUGAUUGUGAUUGUUCCAAAAAUUGAAUUUAUUUGGUGCUGUUCCUAAUUUACUCUUAUAGUUUUUUCUUUUAACACCGAGAGAUGAAAAGGUUAAGCGUUGUUUCGCCCCGUGCACGAGGUUUUGAGAAGUUCGGUAAAUAUAAACAAUGCCACCUUGUUAUGGAAAAAACCAAAUAAAAUGCAACAAAAUAAAACUUACAUUUUAUAUAAUAACAUUUUCUCAUUUCGGCUACUUUUAAUGCGCAUGAAAGAACUUUUAUUUAAAAACAUGGUGAUCUUUUUAAAUAGCUUCCGAAGACCAUUUUUUUAUCCUAUCAUCAUUUUAAGUUCCUUCGAGUACAUAGUGAAAUUAUAAAUAUUUAUUUAUAUUUAAAUCUGAAUAUUAUGAAAUACCUAGUCCACAGAUAAAAAUAUACUAGUGACAGUUCAGUGCACAAUAUUACAAUUACGUUUUAUGAAAAUAUAGUUUGUUUUUCUUUCUGGUCAUGAAGGGAAGAAAAGUAUAAUUUUAUGAGGUACGAUUAUUUUUUGAUUGUACUUGUAUUUACUGGUCAUACAUAAGGUACAGUUCUCGAGAAAAUCUUUAGAAUAGUUCGUCUUCGUUGGAUUUUUGCUAGUGAUAUGAAGUUGUGAAAUCGGAAUAAAAGCCAGUGUAUCGUUUAAGCGUCUUAUCAUGUUAUGAUUCCUUUACGAGACGCUUCCGAUUUGUUCUCUUUGCAGACAGUGCAAGAAAGAGUAAAUACAUGGCUUCGACUAAGGAAUUCAGUACAUAAUAUCGUCACUGAAAAGGUAAAAUUACGUAAGCGCCAAAAUGCCAUUUCAAGAAAAAGCCGUUGAAAGUUUUUUUUCGAUUUUUUAUCAUAACUUCUUACCCAUUUAUCCAAUUUUGAUGACGUCAACGUAAGAUUACAUUGUUUUUCAUAUUCUAUGUCUAGCAAUAACAUAUUAUAACAUGGACCGCUAUUUUCGGAUAUUUUAGCGCUUAAGUAAUUUUGCCUUUCCAGUGACGAUAUUAUUUCUCUGAAUACGCUAGCCUUACUAACUUAACCACGACAUGAAAACAAUAGCUUCACUGCAUUUAUUAGCAAAUUCAACGAGGCUUAGGAACGUGUGGAGUGUAGUGUGAGAACGUAGACUAAUAUUAAGAUCUUAUGAAAGAAAGACAUUUUUAACUCGUAUGUAGGUAAUAUAAUGAUCAUUUUUAUAAGUAGCUAAAGUCCAGUAUUAAAGUGUAUAAUGUUUUUUUUUAUAUUUAGAAGUCGCAGGAUUUGUCGCAUUCCUUUGUAUGGGUUGGCAAGUUAGUAGAGAUUGUCGAAUAAGCUAAAAAAGACAUGUUUUAGUAAACUAUUCAUAUAUUAUUAUAUAGUUCACUGACGUGGUAUACCGAACCACUAAAACUGAUGUCCAACCAAAAAAUAAACCCAGUCUCACUUCACUUGCCAACCGAAAAUCAUUCAAUAUUUAUAAAUUGAAAGUUUUCCAAUACAGAGUGAUUACAAUUUAGGAAAUGCGUGUAAAAUAGCUACUAGUGUCUUUAUAUUAUAAAUGUACUUUGUGUUUAAAAAUGACAUUCCAAAAUAUAUUUUUCAAGUUUCAUUGCUUCCAGCUUAAACUAGUAAUUUGUUUUUUUUUCCAGCAGAUAUGAUUUGCUGUUACGUUUAAUUAAGUUGUAGUGUAUUAUAAAAAUGUAAAAUUAAAUUUAAAUUAUGUGAUUUAUUUAUUUUUUAGGCUUGAAAAUGUAUUAGCCGGGGAUUGUUUAUUUUCUUUGUUGUAUUUUAUUUCAAACCUUGUUUAUUUGAGUGAAGGUAUAUAAUGAUACUUUUUAUAUAGUGUAUGCAGUCGAUUGGUGAGGUACUUUAGUACAAAAUAUUGCUUAUUUUGUAAGUUUGAUGCAAGUUUGAGGUUUCAUAAUUCGAAAGCAAUAAAUACGAAUGGCAUUACGAGUA